AUAAAUUGGGUUACGUACGUCGUCAACGGGAAACAGAAAACAGAAAGAUGGCGAGCACAAGUGAAUCAAGAAAGGGGAAAGGUGUUCUUCUUCAAUCUUCUUCAGCCAAGAAAACAAAUGCAGAGACGCAGGCUUCUCUUUUGGAGAAGAUGAAGGAAAUCGGAGGCCACGAUUCAACCUUACUGAUACCGGAAAUGCUAUUGUCGAAGACCGAUCUCAGUCCAAAAGAAGCGCGCUUGCUAUUACCUCUGGGAAAGUUUUUAACCAUGGACUUUCUUAACGAAGAAGAAAAAGUAAAGCUUUCGGAAAAGCCAAAAGAAGGUAUCGACGCCAUGUUUAUUGUUCCCGGCGGAAAGGUGCAUGGUAUUAAGUUGAAGGAGCGCCGGAAGAAAUGCUACGCGUUGACCGUGGGUUGGGUCCAGGUGGUUAAAUCGAAUGCCUUUCGGGUUGGAGAUAAAAAAGAUCUCUGGUGUUUCCGGUCAAAAGAUAACGAUGACCAACUCUGUUUCACGCUCGUUAACGCCGGAGAAUCUCUCAUCCCGCCUCCUUCUCCUGGGGAAGAAACUCCACCGAAACUGGCGAGGAACUCCACCAAAACUCCACCGGGGAACCUCUCAGUUCUCCGGCAAGAAACUCCGCCGAACCUGGCUAUGAUCCGAGCGACCACGAGGAUUACUAUCUUCCCAGCGAAUCAUCGCUCGAGCGCGACUCUGUUUCUUUCUUUGGACCUCCCGGAUCAGAGGCUUGUUCACGCGCUCGGAAUGACGACGAUGAGAGUAGCUCGAGAGAUUUAGGUGACUCUGCCUCAUUCUGAUACCAUAUUCAUCUCAGAGAUCCCUACAAGUAAAUUAUAUCAAUACGAGAUUCAGAUUGUUCCCAAGCUAAGAGAUUGCAUGUUAGUUAGAUGAAGACAAGUUUGCUAUAUUUUGUCCAGUGGAUUUUCUUUCUCUUCUCAUGUCUGCUGAUUGUAACGACUAGAAGUUCGUAUGAAUGUAUAGAGAACUCAG